AUGGAGACUGAAGAAGAUGAAAUCAGAACAAGGCUUCCAGAAAUACACUCUAUCAUUGCUGCCUCAUCUGACAACAUAAAUUGGUCAGAAAUCCAUGACGAUUUUGAACAUCUCAACUGGCUUAAUUUUGAUAUGGCAAAGGCAAUGACAAUACUAGAAAGUGCUUUAGACAUAAUCGAUUUAGUUUCUCUACUAGACUCAAACGAAACCUCUCGUUAUAACGUACUCCAGCAUAAUCGCGUAAUCUUAUUUUUAAACAGACUUGUAUUUGAACUAACAAAUGACAAAAAAUCAUUGAAAUUGCUGUGUGCCCAUCUCAAAAAGAAAAUAAGCUCAUUUAUUUUCUUUAAAAGCGGAAAAAAUGCUCUAUAUCACAUAGAAGAUGAAGACCUUGUUCCGUUUUUUAAAUCACUUCACGAAUCUUUCCAAAGCAUGAAAGAAACGCUGCUUAACAUUUUUUCUCAUCUCGACAGUAUAUUCAAACAAGAAACUUAUAAGUCUCUUGAUUCUUAUUUAACAGAAGAAUUCAAUACAGACAUCAUUCUUAAUAGAAACUCGACCUUGAGACAAAUUCCAGAAAUAAAAAAAAUUAUCAGUGAAAAAUAUGACAAACCCUAUUCGCAUUCAUCAGGCAUCAGAACUAAUGGAGGAAUGUGGAGCGGAGGAGGCAUGGGUUCUUAUUAUUCAUCUAAUAGAGAAAAUGAUUAUUUUGGGGAACUAGAUGUGCAUGGAAAUCGCCAGGGUUAUGGAAAAAUCACAUUUUUCAAUGGAGAUAAAUAUGAUGGCUAUUGAAAAGAUGAUAACAUGCACGGCAUUGGAAUCUAUUUUUGGAAAGAAGGAGGCAGAUAUGAAGGAGAAUUCCACGAUGGAAAAAUGCAAGGGCACGGGAAAAGAAUAUAUCCUUCAGGAAUCAAGAGAAAAUAGAUAUUUGUUAUAAUUUUUUUUUUUAUAUUUUAAAAUAAAAAAAAAAAAAAAAAACUUCAGGAAAUAUUUACGAAGGAGAUCUAGUUAAUAAUAAAAAAGAAGGCAAGGGAAGCAUGAAGUUUAAGAAUGGCGACCAGUAUGAAGGAGACUGAAAAGAUGAUGACAUGCAUGGAGAAGGAAUAUAUAGCUGGAGUACAGGAGAUGUAUAUCGAGGAAGAUUCCAAGGAGACAGAAGAGAAGGAAAAGGGACACUAACCCUUGCAAGUGGAGAAGUAUAUGAAGCUGAAUGGAGAGAUGAUAAAAUGAUGGGAAGGACUAAUAUAAUUUAA